AUGAGUAACAAAAAGACCUUAUCCUCAAAAGAAGAAAGCAUUGCAAAAAUGCUUAUAUGUAAGGUUCAUAUUGGAACAAAAAAUUUAGAGAACAAAAUGAAAAGAUAUGUAUAUACUAGAGCAAAGGAUGGUGUACAUAUAAUUAAUUUAGCAAAAACUUAUGAAAAGUUACAAUUGGCUGCAAGAAUAAUAGUAGCUAUAAGUAAUCCAGCUGAUGUAGUAGUAGUAUCAGCUAGACCUUUUGGAAGUAGAGCUGUUUUAAAAUUUGCACAAUAUACAGGUGCUCAAGCAAUAGCUGGAAGAUGGACUCCAGGUAUGUUAACAAAUCAAAUUAUUCAAAAAUUUACAGAACCAAGAUUAUUAAUAGUUACCGAUCCAAGAACUGAUGCUCAACCAGUUAAGGAAUCUUCUUAUGCAAAUAUUCCUGUAAUUGCAUUAUGUGAUUCUGAUUCCCCAUUGGAGCAUGUAGACAUAGCUAUUCCAUGUAAUAACAAAGGAAAAGAAUCUAUUGCACUUAUGUAUUGGUUAUUGGCACAAGAAGUUUUAUAUCUUAAAGGAACUUUAAAAAGAUCUGAACCAUGGAAUGUUAUGGUUGAUAUGUUUUUAUGGAGAGAUCCUGAACAAUUUGAACUAAAAAAUUUAGCAAAUGAAGAAAAUGCUGCUACUGCUCCUCAUCUUGUAGAAAAUCAAUUUGCUACUGAAGCACCUUAUGAAGAAUGGAAUAAAAAAGAAGAAUGGAAUGAUAAUACAAAUGAAGAUUGGAAAAAUCCAAUUACUGCUGAUGAGUGGUAG